GAGAGAGGGCCUGGUUUAGCCAGCCUUCGCCGCUCCGAGGGCGCGCGGACGAGUUCUUGCGGUUCGCGCCGAAGCCCUCCCAAGCGCCGCGGCCGCUCGGUUUCCUUCGCAGGUUUCUGCACUAUAAGUGCCUUAUGUAGUCAUUGUACAGUGACAGCCUCAUUCUUAUGAUCAUCUCUCACAGCUAGAUAUUGGCUUUAACCUUACAAAUCAACUAUAGCAGCUGCUUCCUGUGAAUCUGAUUCCAGCAUUUACAAAACGUGUGAAAAAAUAUUGAACUAAACAAGAACUGCUGAAUCUGUAGCCUUUCCUACCUAAUCAACACCAACGAAGAGGAUACUACAGCCUAAAAUGUAUAAAAGAAUGCCAUUGUAUGAAAACAAAGUUUUUUCCCCCCAGUAGCAUGAACGUUGGCCAGAAAUGCUACUGAGCAUGAAUAUAUUGCAGACAAAAGUGUACAAGUGGCAUAUAUUGGUUGAUAACUACAAUGUUCACUGAUAAUAGCCGCUUUGUACAUUAUCUUCGUAGGCAUUGGAUUUUCUUAAGCUAUGCCUGGUUUUAUUGAAAGGAACAUCUUGGCUUUUUAGAGUUUUUAAACAGAGACUAUUUCAUUAACGACUCACAAAAUCAAAAGCUGUUUUACAUCAUGGCUUCAAUUGUUGCUCCAGUGAGAGACACAAAAUGGCUGACGCUAGAAGUGUGCAGGCAGUUUCAGAGAGGGACUUGUUCACGUUCUGAUGAGGAAUGUAAAUUUGCACACCCAUCCAAAAGCUGCCAGGUUGAAAGUGGAAGAGUGAUUGCCUGCUUUGAUUCACUAAAGGGCCGUUGCACAAGGGAGAACUGCAAAUAUCUUCAUCCACCAACACAUUUGAAAACUCAGCUAGAAAUUAAUGGCAGGAACAACCUGAUCCAACAGAAAACUGCAGCAGCAGUGCUGGCUCAGCAGAUGCAAUUUAUAUUCCCAGGAGCACCUCUUCAGCCAAUGCCAUCAUUUUCAGUAGGGCCAACAAUAGGAUCUAAUCCAGCACUAAACUUUGCACCAUAUUUAGCUCCAGUUACUUCUGGGGUUGGAUUGGUUCCUACAGAAAUGGUUCCCACACAAUCUGUAAUUGUUCCUGGAAAUCCUGUCUCUGUCUCUGGAUCAACUACAUCACAGAAACUCCUCAGGACAGAUAAACUGGAGGUUUGCCGGGAAUUCCAGAGAGGAAAUUGUGCACGGGGUGAAACCGAUUGUCGCUUUGCACAUCCUGCUGACAGCACAAUGAUUGAUACAAAUGACAACACUGUAACUGUUUGUAUGGAUUACAUAAAAGGGCGUUGCCUGAGGGAAAAAUGCAAAUAUUUUCACCCUCCUGCUCACUUACAGGCCAAAAUCAAAGCAGCUCAGCACCAGACAAACCAAGCGGCAGUAGUGGCCCAGGCAGCUGCUACAGCUGCUACAGUCAUGACUCAAUCGACUGCCAAAGCAAUGAAGCGACCUCUUGAAGCAACUGUAGACCUGGCCUUUCCAUCUGCUGUCCUUCAUCCUUUACCAAAGAGACAAGCACUUGAGAAAAACAAUGGUGCCAGUGCUAUUUUUAAUCCCAGUUUCUUGCACUACCAACAGGCUCUUGCUAGUGCACAGCUGCAGCAACAUGCAUCAUUUAUUCCCACAGAUAAUCCUGAAAUAAUGAACAGGAAUGGAAUGGAAUGUCAAGAGGCCUUGUUGAGAACAGCAAAGCAUUGUUACUGUACAUACAACCCUGUCUCUUCCUUAACAGAAUUGCCACAAACUGCAUGCUGAGUAAAGAGUUUAUUCAUCUGGAGAAAACACACUUAAGAGCUAGUGCUGCUAUAUCAUAUAUGAAUAUUAAGAUGGUAUGCUUAGUAUAUUCAAAACUAAUCUAGUUAACUACCUGAUGCCAGCUGUGAUGGUUCAAGACAUAAAAGGGUAAUAUUUUACUUUUAAAAGUUUUAUAUAACACUGUUUACUUAGGAAUAUUGUCUUACCACCAUAAAUAGUGAAUGUAAGUAGUCCCAUUCAUGUAUCGCAGGGUUCACAGUUUUAUGACUCUUUCAAUAUUAGCAAUAAACUGAUUUACAUUGGCCACCAAAUCCAGGAUCUAACUACAUAAAUAGUUUCCCAUGAGAGCUGUUGCUUUGGUUGCAUGUUUCUUCAGCUGACCUCCCUGCACCCCAGUUUGCACAAAGAAAUGCUUUUGAAACUGGACUUUCAAAAGUACUUUAUAAUGCUAAAAAGGAGAAUCUGGUUCCAGGGAUGUAAGUCAAGGGAAUUCUUUAGAAAAUUAUCAGUGCCACUAUUUGCACUGUGAUGAUUGUUUGGUCACAAAGUAAGUGAUGCAGUAGUGCACGGGUGUCAAACUCGCCACGUCACAUUGAUGUCAUGUGAUGUAUAGCAAUCUGGGGUAUAUGUGACCUGUGUGAUGCAUCCAGCCCAAGGGCCGCCAGUUUGACACUCCUGUUGUGGAAUCACCUCUAGAAGUUCCAAACGGAGUAGUUUUUCUAGCCUGCUGUCCUUCGAAUAAAUAGUAUUUCUUCUUCCAGCAUAUGCAACCACCAUAGCCAAUAGUCAUGCUAUGGGUAGGUGGGUGGUUAGGUAAUCCAGGGAGUCAUAAGAAACCUAGGUUGAGGCACAGUCAUUUGGAUGAAGCUGAAACAGAAGAUCUAAGGAACAGGUGUUAAACUCAAUCAUGUCACGUUGCGUAUCAUGAUGCUUCGUAGCGUUUUUUGCCUUUUCGGAGCCAGGGUGGGCGUGGCCUGUGUGUGACUCAUCUGGCCUGCGGGCCGCCAGUUUGACACCCUGACCUAAGGCAAAGGUGGCGAACUAUGGACCCUUUAUGACUUGCGGAUUUCAACUCCCAGAAUUCCUGAAUCAACACGACGAGCUGAAUUCUGGAUGUUGAAGUCCACAAGUUAUAAAAAGGCCAUAGUUCUUCAUCCCGAUCUAAGGUAAAGCACAAAUUGCAGCAAUGCACAGAAGCUGCUUUGGGAUAUGUAUGGAGAAGUUAUAUGGAAUCACAACAUUCUAGAAUUAAAUCAAACCUUUGCACAGUAUGAUUUUCAUACCCCUAACAAAAAUCUUGACUAUGUUAUUUUACAAGGAGAGAAUAUUUUUUAAAGAAGUCUUUGCAGAAGUGCCUAAAUUUUGUCACAUAAAACUUGAAACUUAAGUGACACUGCAGUCUAUAAUUGAAUCUAUGCCAAGUGAUUCAGCUUUCAGAUUUGCAAUCAGGUUACCAAAAAUCAUUUAUUAUAAAAUAACUUCUUCCCAGUGAAAUAAAUGGGGCUACAGAUUAUAUAAGAUUAUAUGAAAUUCUAUUUCAACUCAAAACUCAGUGCAGUCACUGUAAAAGCUAAUAAGUGACUUUAAUAUAGACAAUUAGGAAAACAUAGAAAACUAUAUAAAAAGAGCUUCAUUUUAAUUCAUUGUUACUACUGCCAUAUUUUUAAAGUAAAAUUAAAAAAGAUUACAACAAACAAAAAAGAAACUGGUUCUUUUAAUUGUUUAUUUAAAAGCUUACUUUAUGUCACAGAAAUGCAAGGUUAUGUUUAAUACAGCUGUAUUAAAUACAGAAUGUAUUAUAUACAGCUGUAUACUGUAUCAUAUACAGCAUUCAAUAUGGGCAAAACAUAUUUUAAUAUUUACUUUUUCAAAACUGCAUUGAUUUUCAAAAAGUUAUACACAAAUUGGUUUGUUUGGAAGGUUGAACCGAAUACAUUACAUUUAAUGUUUUGUAUAUUGCACAUAUAUCACAUAAGUAUGUAGUUUUUAAAUUAAUAUUUCUAAACAAAAACUUGUCUAAAAAUAUGCAUAAUUAUUGGAAACAUUUUCCCUUAAGAAAAUUAUAAAUGAUUGCAGUAUUUUAACUUAGGCUUUUCAGAUUGAUAUGGGUUUGGCAACAUUGCCUAUUCUAAGAGACAGAUCUACUAAUUUAUUUUUAAUAACUUUAUUUUUCAGUAUUAAUUUUGUGUUUCAAAUGUCUAAUGUUUAUAUUAAUAGUAGUUUUAAUCAUUUAAAGAGGAACACAUACCAUACAUCCAAAAAUCUUAUGGAAAACAUGUUGUAAUCUUGCAUUUAUUUUCAUCUCAACUGUGAGAAAAAUGUAUGCAACUUUUGUUUUUACUUAUAAAUUUGUCAUUAUAACUUGUUUGUUGACUUGGCUGUUUACUUAACCUCUGUGCUAGUUAAUAAUUUUUUUAAAUGAUCCAUUUAAAUAUUUGGUAGAUUAUUCAACAAUACAAAAUGGCAAAUUAUGUAUGUUUAAAAUAUUUAAGCUGUAGAAAAAAUAUAUGAACAUUUAAUUAUUUUCUUAGAAUCACUGGUAUUAUUUACUCUAUUGAAAAACAGACUUUUAAGACAUUUGUGAGUUUUCUUCCUAGAUAAAAACUGAACAAAAGAAAAUGUAUUUAAAACAACUUAGAGAGAUCCCCUCUGUUGGAUAUAAGUUUGUUUUGUUCCUACAUUAACCAAUAUAUUAAAUUAUUUCUUCCAGAUAAAAAUCAAGUUGAUCUCCCUGGGGAUAUGUUGGAAUAAGUGGUUUAUGUAGUUUUAAAGUAUGUGUUACAGAGAAUGUACAAAUGGUGAAAAUGACAUUGUCCAGUUUUGAAAGUAUAGAUUUAAAUAUUGUCCCUCACAAUUGUCCCUGUUACAGAUUUUUGAGGAAAUAUUGCUCCAUUUGUCUCUGCCACUUUAUGGUCAACAAUUUUUAUUCUGCUCGGAUUCCACCUUCAUGAACAUGUUUUGUUUUUUUAAUAAGCAUAUUAACAUUCCUCUGCUUUGAAGAGGGUAAUAUUAUUUGAUUUCAGUCCUAUUUAGUUAUUUUAAUUUUCAAGUAUUUGCAUGGAAGGACUGUAGUUGUUUUGACAAGUUUCUUAAUUUCAUCAGUUUCUAAAUUUUGACAUUUAAACAAAAGCAAAUUAAAUUUCAUUCCAACAUAAUCUUUAUAUGAGAUCACAAAACAAGUUCUGACCCUGUCCUACAUUUGUAUGUAUUUGUGGGUAUACAUGUGCACACACAUAUGUACAUAUACACGUGUAUAUGCUAAACUAACUGUGAAUGUGUAUGUCAAAUGUAAUGUCCACUUGCAAAAGUAACUUAUUUCUUUUAGUUUCAGCAAGACUAUCUAGGACAGCAGAAAUUAUGAAAGUAUAGACUUGCCCCAUAUGUACAGCUGUUUCCAAAGAAACAAUUACUAUUCUGAGCUCUAUUCUGCUCAUAUUAACCAUAAUUUAUUUAAUCUUUGUGCUUCUUGCUUUGGGUCUGUAUUAAAUAACAGCCUAAUAAUGAAAUAUUAAGGGUAUAGUUUUAUUUAUUCUAAUUUUGUAGAAUACAUUGAUUUGGGAUUGAUAUAAAACUUUUGGGGGGUAUAAAUGUUAUUUGCCAAAAUUUCACUUAUAUUUUGAAAAAGAAUGCAUAAUGAUAGAAAAUGGAGGGCAUGUUGGUUUUUUAAAUAUAUAUAUAAAAUUCCUUUGAAGCAAAUUGACCGAUACAAUAUGCUAACAUAGAAAUUGAAGCAUAAUUUCAUAUUAUUUGAGAUAUGCCUGUACUUUUUGUAAGGUCUUCACCAAAGUAUCGUAAUCUGUCUAUACAAAAUUAUUUACACUGCUAACAGUUAAAUAAAUCCCUCCCAUUAAUUCAUGUCAUUAACUAUUUAGUAGCAUACAUACCCAUUUAUAAGUGUGUUGAGGUAUAAUUUAAUUACCUAUGUACAAUCAUGAAAAUAAAAA